AAUGAAUUGAAUUUUAGUUACAUUACUAUGUCAUAAUGUAUGUUUUGAAAUCAUUCUUUUUUUGACCUUGAGUAAUUUCGACACCAAUGCUUUCGAUAAUUCGGGGAACAGAGUACAAUUUUCAAGGUUCUUGUUCAUCCUGGCAUCAGGUGCGUAUACGUGCAGAAACGCGCAAAGUCCAGUAUGUCCCGUUCGACUUUCACUUGAUGGCGUCAAAGAAAGAAGAAGGUGGGGAAGAAGAACGGUACCGGACUUCAGAAUGAGCCAGGGUAAAAGGAAUCAGAAAAACGGAAAGAGCCAAUCGUACGGGCCGUAGUGUCUUCCGUCUUCUUUUCCAUCGAAAUCAUCGUUUCAAUAAACAAAAGCGUAAUCGAACACUCUAAUACGGUGUAUCAAACUUUCGUUUGGCAAACGAAUAUUGUUUGAACCUGCAGUGAUCACAAUGGCGAGACACGCUUCUUGGACGACCAUAAUCCUAAUGACAAUUGUCACGUUUUUACUUGGGUUAAUUGCGGAAAACGCAGCUACCAUAGCACAACCGAAAGCACCUAACUUUCAAUAUUUUGAGAGGCCUAAGUACCGCUAUCCAUACUACGACGAAAAUGGCAGAGGGAAGUUGCUCUACGGCUAUGGAGGACCAGAUCUAUACCAGUAUAAAACUUACAGCGCACUCGAGGGAAUCCAUUAAUAAGACACCUACA